CACCCGCAAUGGCACACGCACGGCACCUCGCAGCUCCUCUGAGCAGACUAACCCCCCUCCCCCUCGCCGCCCCAUCCCUUUCAACAACCCCCCGCCUCGCCACGCCCCUCUACCAAACCAUACGAUGCGCAACCACCAAAGCCCAGCCCAAGAAGAAGAAAAAGGCCCGAAACACCUUCCUCCAACAAGACCUCAAGAAAGCGCAGCAAUUCUCCCUCCUCGACGCAAUGCACUACAUCCGCGCCUUCGAGGUCGGCCGCAACCCCUCGUCCUCGAAAUACGAAGUCCACGUUAGACUGCGCACGCUGAAGAACGGGCCCGUUGUACGUAACCGGCUGCGUCUGCCGCACCCGGUUAAGACGGAUAUUAGGAUCUGUGUGAUUGCGGCGCCGGAUUCGAAGGCGGCGGCUGAGGCGCGCGCGGCGGGCGCGACGCUUGUUGGCGAGGAUGAGGUGUUUGCGCUGAUUAAGGCGGGUGUUGUGGAGUUUGAGCGCUGUAUUUGCCAUGUUGAUUCGCUGGCGAAGAUGAACAAGGCGGGGCUGGGUCGUCAGUUGGGUCCUAAGGGGUUGAUGCCGAGUACUAAGACGGGGACUGUCGUCACGCAGGUGGGCACCAGUGUGAGGAAUAUGGUGGGCGCGAGUGAGUACAGGGAGAGGCUGGGCGUGAUUCGUAUGGCGGUUGGGCAGUUGGGGUUUACGCCAGAUGAGAUGCAGAGGAAUGUCAAGGCGUUUAUGGAUGCGCUGAAGAAGGAUAUUGCGCAGCUGGGUGAUCGCAUAAGCAAGGAGGUGCAUGAGGUGGUACUCAGCUCAACCAAUGCGCCGGGCUUCACGCUCAACGGCGACUUUAGGGGCGCAAACUCCAUCUCGCCAAAGGAGUUGUCGGGGCCGUUGUAGAUGUUGCAUGUAUGUAGUCUUACCCAUGAGUUGUACAACCAAUGUACUAUAUGAACGCCCUCGCUAU